AGGCAGUUGUUUAGAUUUAGUGUUAUAGUUACCUCCCUUAUUUGUAAACCAACUUCUCUUGUUCCAAGUAAAUUUAAUAUUUUAGGAUGUGACACUUGAUUACGAUGCUAAAAUAUUCAUCCUUUCUUAUGGUCCUUAUAUUUCUGACAGUUAUUAUCACGUCUUUCGGAAAAGCUCUGCAACCAUGGGUGCCAGAGAUUGUUACCUUGGAACCUAAUAAUCAGACAGUUUUAUCAGUGUCACAAGUUAGUAAAAAUGCUCAUUAUGCUGUUAUCCAGGCUCACACUCAGUAUAAAGAUGUCACUCUAUCAUUACAUCCAAAUUUCACCAUGGAAACCUCAGAGAUAGGAAGUAGUAUUGGAAUAUUGGUGGUUAUAAACGGACAAACAUCUCUAAAUGUUUAUUUGACAUCACACCUAAAUAUUACAGUAAAUGUCCUGGUUUUUAUCAGUAUUGCAGCUGAUGCUUCAACUCCUGUGCCAGGAGGGUGUAAUUUAGAGUUCAACAUGCAAAAUGACCCAAACAUUCACAUUGCUUUUAGAAAUGAAAUAAGUAAUGUCAUGUUUCAAUGGGCUAAAAAUUCAACGAAAGAUUCAAGUUGUGAACAAUCACCAGCUUUAAAACAGUUGUCUUAUCAGCUGUACGUUUAUUACAUUGGUGACAGUGAUUGGACAGAAGAAGCUUUUUUUAAUGGCAUGAAAAAGAUGUUAACUCAUAACUAUGUUAUGAAACAUGGAACAAAGCUGAAAGAAAUAAAAUAUUCAUCAUCCAAAAAGCCGCUCUUUAAAUUGCCAUCUUACCAAGGUCAGGGAACCAUUUACAAUGUAAUUGUAACACAUGGAAACCAGAUAGCUUCUUAUGUUCCCAUGACAACAUAUUCAUGUGAUCUUAAUAAACAAGAUGAACAGUGUCACUAUGCAACCACAACCAGUAAAGUAUUGAUUAGUGUAGCUGGGGUACUUGGGUUGUUUCUAUGUGUUUUGGGACACAAAUAUUUCCAAACAGGAAAUUUUCUAAUGGCCUUCUGUGGAUUUUGUGUCAUCUUCUACUUAGUGCUGAAUAUCUCCACAUUACAGUCAUUAACUGUUAUAUUUGUUCUGUCAUGUAUAUUGGCAACUGUAGCUGGUGUCCUGUGGUUAAUGCUAUGGUGGUGCAUUGGAGUACCAGUCCUGUCUGUUCUGGUUCCUGGUUUUACAGCUGGUUAUCUGUUUGCAUGUGUACUGUUCUAUACUGAUUUUGGUAACUUACUGUAUUGGACAACAAGAUAUAAUUAUGGCAUGUCAUUUACAGUUGGAGUGCUGAUAUUACCAGUUCUGAUUUUAUAUUGGACCAGAGUGUUGAAUAUUUUGUGCUGUGCCUUCAUUGGAAGUUUUCUGAUUACUUUAACAAUAGAUGUGUGGAUAGAAGCUGGCCUGAAAUUUAUUAUUGUCAACACAUUUAGACAUGCUUACAUAGAUGGUUACUUGGAUGUCAUAGUUACAGGGCCUUUUCAAAUUAAAGAUAUUAUCCUUUCUUGUGUGUGGACAGUACUGUUUGUGACUGGAUCAGGAUUACAAUUUUACAGAGAGCGGGGCAAACCAGAGUUCCCAUCCUGUCCUAGAAAGUUACGCAGAUUACAUCGCCAACAUGCACCAAAUACCUCGGAUCAAGAUCACAUAGAGAGAGAUGAACGUUCACCUUUAUUGAGAAAUGUUGCUGAACCUUAUUAUUCAACCAGAGAUAGAGAUCAGUCAGAACCAACCUGAAGUUGAUAUUGAUUUUUACCAAGUGUGAAUUGAUCAUGUACUUAUGGAAAACAAUGGAAAAACAAAGGUUUUGGAGAAUAACAAACAGACUAUUGUAAACUAUUUAAUUCUUCUAUGUCUGUUGAAUGUCUUCCU